CUGUAACACAAUGUUUGUUAGUUUUGUUACACUCCGGACGAGUGACGAUGUGCCAGUUGACACAUUGGCUUUCAGACGAGUGAAGAAACAGUGACGUCAUCAAGAUGGUGCUGAAGAUGUCCAGGGUGAAAUACGCACCAUUGCUGGUCUUCCAGCUGGUGCUUAUGGUGUUAUACUUCAUAUUCGUCAGAUACGGCGAUGGCAAAGACGCUGGAGUCAAAGGUUUCGAAGACACCCACGUGAUGAUCUUCAUCGGUUUCGGGUUUCUAAUGACCUUCCUCAAAAAGUACUGCUACAGUGCCCUUGGCUUCAACUGGCUGCUGGCUGCCCUGGUCAUCCAAUGGGCGUUGCUGUGCCAAUCUUUCUACCAUAUGGAAGAUAAUAUCAUCAGGGUCACUAAGAAAUCCUUACUUGAGGCGGACAUCAUGUCGGCGACAGUGCUGAUCACCUUCGGAGCGCUCCUCGGGGUGGCCAGCGGAGUCCAGCUGCUUUUCAUCGCCAUCGUGGAGACCGCAGUCGCUUGCCUGAACCUGUGGCUCGUGGCAGAUGUCUUUAAGGUUUAUUAUCUUUCUUUUUAA